AGGAGUGUGGUGGAGGGCUUGCAGGUGCCCUUCUCGCCUCUGAGGUCACCGCCGAGAGGCACUUGAGGACACCACGUACAGUGCCAUGGGGGAAGCGGGGAUGGGGGCCCUGGUGAACUCCACGCCUUCCAGCAUCCCCGCCCUCACGCCCACGGCCAGCCUCCUCUCCACGUUCCUCACGCCCACCGCCACCCAUGAGCACGCCAGCAUCAACGGCAGCCUCUUCAGCGUGGGCGGCAAUGGCACCUGGGUGGAGGAGGUGGAGGGGGACGGCGACCAGCUGGUGCACGGCAUGACGAUGACAGUGGUGAUGACGGUGAUUUACUUCCUCAUCACCGUGACGGGCGUGCUGGGGAACGUGGCCACCUGCAUCGUAAUAGUGAGGAACCGCAUCAUGCAUACGGCCACCAACUACUACCUGUUCAGUCUGGCCAUCAGCGACCUCCUCCUCCUGGCCUUUGGAAUGCCGGAUGAGAUCUAUAUGCUGUGGCGAGGCAGACCGUACAUCUUCGGCGCCUACUUCUGCUUCGUGCGGGGCUUCACGGCGGAGAUCUCCACUAACGCCUCCAUCCUCACCAUCGCCGCCUUCACUGUGGAGCGCUACAUCGGCAUCUGUCACCCGCUGCGCUCACAGACCAUGUCACAGCUGGGCCGCGUGGUGCGCUCUAUCGCCGUCAUCUGGGUGGUGGCCAUCGCCUGCGCCGUACCCAUCGCCAUCCAGUACGGCAUUGUGUACGAGCAUCACCUUCCUUCAGGAGAGGAGGACCCUAAUUCCUCGGCAUGCCUCAUCAAGAACCCCGUCUACCUAGCCUUUGAGAUCUCCACCGUGUUAUUCUUCGUGGCGCCGCUGCUGCUCAUCACCGUGCUGUACCUGUGCAUCGCCGUGCAGCUCAAGAGGUCCACCCGCCUGACCCGCGCUGUGCCCUCCAUCACUAGCCCCAACAGCUCCUGCACCAAUGACGGCUCCAGGAACAAGGCGGUCAUCAAGAUGCUAGUGGCCGUGGUGAUCGCCUUCUUUCUUUGCUUCGCCCCGCACCAGACGCAGCGGCUGGUGGCCCUGCACGGGGACGCCUCCAACCCUGCAGUGGUGAAGCUGUUCAACAUCCUGCACAACAUUUCUGGCAUCUCCUAUUACAUCUCCACCUGUGUCAACCCAAUCCUCUACCACAUCAUGAGCAACCGAUUCAGAAAGGCCCUGAAGGUGACGCUGGGGAGCUGUUUGGAGGGCGAGAAGGCCGGCGUUGGAGGAGGAGGAGGUAGGUGCCGCUCUAGCUCCCGCUUCCACCCCUCGCACCCCUCUCACUCCCUUGAGCCAGUUACAGACUACUCCCUCGUCUUCGACUCCACAACCACCACCGUCGCCACCACAGCCUUCACCUCCUCCACCUCCUCCGCCGUCGCCGUCGCCGUCACGCCACAGAGGAAGAGCCGGAACGCCACGAGCGACAACCACCACCACCGUCGCCGCCUCCUGCAGACACUCAUGGCCGUCAGGAAGGGAAGGUACACCAUGGCACGAAGACAUAGCCUCAAGUCAGGCACUCCCUCGCCGGCCCGCGCCACGCCCUGCAGCAGCCUCAAAAUCCGAGGGUCCGACGGCGUGGAGACUCCCGAGGACCUUUUCGUCUCCCGCUCGACCCCCGAUGAGAGGAAGAGGAGCCAGUCAGGGAGCGUGAUGAGCGGCGGCUCCAUCAGCGACUGCUCCCUCACCCACGUGGAGCAGGAGUUCACGCAGAAGGAGCUGCAGGAGGUGAUGAGCAGGAUGAAGAACGUGGAGGUGUAGGCUGCUGCUGGAGGGCGGAGGUGGGAGAGAGUGAAGAUUGGUGGAGGUGGGGAACAGGAUAGCUAGGUUCUGGAGAGUGUAGGAAAGCGGUGGGGGGUGUAGGUGGGUGUUGGAGGGUGUAGGAGGGCGUAGGAGGACGGUGGAGGCAGAAUAUGAGUGGAGUAUAGAUGAAUGGUGUAGGCUGUAAGGUGGUGGUGGGUGGUACAAUGAGUGGUGUUGAAGUGGUGAUGGCAGGUGGAGAAUAUACAAGUAGCAGUGGUGAGGUGAUGUAGGUGUCUUUGUGGUUCCCAGAGGUGUGGUUAGUACAGCCGAGGUGUGGCAGGGAGAGAAGCAGAGGGAAGUGGCUGAGAAGGAGAAAGCGUGUGUGGUGGAAGGAGUUGGAGGAGGAGAAAAAGGAUCAGGUCUUGAGCUUUCCUUCCUCCUCCUCCUCCUCCUCCUCCUCCUCCUCCUCCUCCUCCAGUAGCAUUGCUCGAAGUCACUACAAAACUCGGCUCAUCCCUCCCGCCGCCCUUCCAAGAUUUCUUACCUCACCCCGCCCAGUACCUAGUGUCUUCUGCUCCCUCAACGCUGCUGCCAAGACUCAAAGACAUCCACCUCGCUCACCCUGCCGAAGAGGACGCUGAAGGAGGCACCGUGGAAGUAAGAUAUAUUCAGCAAGUCUUCAGCGCCUUCUGCAGUGCGUUCCUUCCUUUCUCUCAAGACCCGUUCGUGAGUUUUUUUUUUUUUUUUUUAUUGGUAAGGUGGAAGAAUUGUCGCCAUCACUAUCACUAUUACCACCACCACCACCACCACCACCACCACCACCACCAUUACCAAUAUCGCUGCUACUACAGUAUUAACCUUUACAAUUACUAGUGUUAUUCUAUUUUCCAUUACCGGCUUAAUGUUACUUUUACCAUCACUACUAAUAUCACCACCACCACUACCACCAGCCUCUCUAUCCUAAGCCUAAUUUUUUAACUUUUUUUCUCUCUACUUAUCUACAUUUUUCAGUGGAAUUACUAUUUGAAUCUAUUUAGAGUUAAUUUAUCAUUAAUAUUGAAAAGAACAAUAUCAGUUAGCGAGCGAAGAAUUCUUUGUUGUUUUGUAGAGGUUAAUGUUUUCUUGUGUGUGUGUGUGUGUGUGUGUGUUUCUCAGGGAGUGAAAAUGAAUCAAUUGGUAUGCAUUAUUCGUGACCUUUGAUGUUACGAAUAACGCCUUAGACACACACACACACACACACACACACACACACACACACACACACACACACACACACACACACACGGGAACCCUCAGUCAAUAGUGAAAGUUAAGUCUCACGUGUGCGAAAGUUUCUUACUAAACGAGAAGAAAGUGCGAUUUCUCUCUCUCUCUCUCUCUCUCUCUCUCUCUCUCUCUCUCUCUCUCUCUCUCUCUCUCUCUCUCUCUCUCUCUCUCUCUCUCUCUCUCUCUCUCUCUCUCUCUCUCUCUCUGACUACCCUUCUCUAAUAUACAAGUUUCAGUUCUAAGUUUGCGGAAUUCCUGAGUUUAAUUGAGCGGAAGCAUUGAGUCAACAAGCCGGAGCCGGGCGGGUGAUGGGAGGCUGAAUGAUUUCCAAUAUCCGUAAGUGUCUGAACAAACAUUACAUAAGCUCAGUGCCGCCUCACAACCCUGCCAAUGAUCAUCAAGUUAUGUAAUCCACUCUAAUAUUUAUCUUAUGGUCGUUAUUCCUACAGCCAUAUUCUGAAACAUUCCUGCGUCGUACCUCUUCUACUUUCAAAAGGCUCUAGUUGAAGUGACACGGGUUUUUAAGAGUGUUUUUACGGUUGUAGUGACAGAUUAACAAGGUUUUUAUGUUAUUAGCAGGAGAAACACGCUUGUCAACCCGGCUAAUUAUGUCUGUGGCCUUUGGAAAUAGUAGUGAAAGACCAAAGCGUUUCAGGGUGCCAGUCCUAAAUGAGUUAGCGUGUUAUCUCAAAGUAACCCUUUCAGUGCCGGACAAAUGUUUUCCUUCACCUUGUGCAAUCUUUUAGACAAUGUACUAAACUCCCCUUAAAUAGUUCAGUAGCUUAAAGUAGACAAAGUUAACUUUCUGUUCUCCCUCUUUUCUCUCCCGUGACUCCGUGCACAUAGAAUUUACAUUGCUAUGAAGGUUAGAGAGGGGCGACCGUGCCAGUAAAAGAUUUAAAAGGUUUUCAUGGAAGUUAUUAGUUUUUUUUUCUUUUUUUCAAUCUCAUAUUCAUAAAUCUUUUUGGGAUUCCAGCGAGAAAUCUAGGGUUGGCUUCAAGGAAAGGUGUUGAGCUCGUCAUUGAAAGGUUGUGAGUUCGAUCCUGACAGUUGCUUUGUGCCAGGGGAGUGAGAGGAGUGGUUCCAUCUUUAAUUGUCUCGUCACCGUCCCUGCUUUGCCAUACCGUUCAGUGACUGUCUAGCGCUUAAUAAUAUGCGGUGUAGGCUGCAAUUCUGCAUCACCAGUGAGAAGGAAUACCCAAGAGAAUCAGACAAUCAUCCCUGUGGCCUUUGAAAAUAGUCUUAAUGAAAGUUUAGUGUUUAAGAAUACAGUCCUAUGUAAUCACACCCCUACGCUGGAAUAGUACUAUGAAGGAUUACAAAAGGAAAACCAUAUAGCGACAGACCUCUUGGCACUUGCAAUGCUGUUCGGGAGCUAAAUAAUUGCCUACAUGGUAAAGAGACAAAACUGAAUGUAAUAGUGAAAAUUCAGGUCAUCAUUAUCUGUGAACAGUCAGGUGAACAUGAACGCCAGGACUGAAACGCGCUCACCCGUGUGUGUGUAGAUAAGUUACAGUAUUAAAAGCCUUCUUGUACGAGUAUUCGCAUGUAAAAACAUAAGAAAAUAGGGGAACCUGCAAGAAAUCAUCCAGCGUCGACGUGACAGACUCUACAUGAAGCAAACCUACCUAUUGUCGCCUAUCAACCUACCAUAUUACACAUCACAUAUUACAGCCUCACAUCAUAGCGCUUCCUGAAACACGAGGAUGGAAUCAGUAAAUAUAUAGAUAACUCCCAAUGUUAAAAGUCCCCAACCCAAUACCGCUCCCUGAAACAAGAGCACGGAAUCAGUGACUAUAUAGAUGAUUCCCAUUGUUAAAAGUUCCCUACGUUUGAGUGCACUGGCAGGGCGCGGCCAGAAAGAUGAGAAGCGAACCAGUGACGCGAGCAGCAGCCAUUGACGUGCAGGUCACCGUGAUGGCCAUUUGAAGUGCAGUGACGGGAUUUGUACCAUUGGACCUUAUUUUCCAUGUCGCUUCAUCUCCACGCAGGCAGGGGACGCGGGCUGGGGGAGGAGGAGCGAUGACGCGGCAGGAGGGGCUUCAAAGGAGGCUGUGGACACGUGUGGGUUGGUGUGGCGUGGUUGCAAUACCUGCAUACAAGGCCAAUAGAUGUCUACUCUAUUGGCCUUGUCUGUGCGCUGCUGGUGUUAGCGGGAGGUAGAGCGUGUUGUGUAUAGUGAAAGCGUGACUUGUUCGAUAAAUGGUGACUGUUCUGUGAGGUGUAGAUUGUAUAAAUGUAAAUGGCAAGUGACGUUAAUGUUUAAAGUGCUCGUAUUUAUACAGUAGGUAUUGAUAAGUAUAUUCUGUCUUCAGUACUUAACGGCAACUCUACUUAAAAGAAAAGGAAGCAUAAGUAUAGAUUGUUCAUGAUGGUAAAUUUACUUAUCACACAACUCUAGCUAAAGUAGGUAGGUAGAAGUAACAUUUUGACAAUAAACUACUAUUUAUAUUAACAUUUCAUGCUCAAAUUCAAACGCACUUUUAUGAAAAUCCCCAGAAAAAACAGAGAGAAACAAAAAUACACUAACAUGGAAGAAAAACACCACGUGCAAGCCUGACGACUUCUUGCAGCUUCUCUUAUCCUCUUAUGUUCCAAAAAUAACUGAAUACUUAAAUAAGAAAACAAAAAAAAAAGGACAACAGGAGACCAGCCAACACACACAAAAAACACCUCCUGAGCACUUCACACUCACUAGAACAACACACAAACACAGCAUUUCAACACCAUGUAACACUUGCUCAUUAAUCUAUCGGCACUGCAACUUUGACAACCCAACCCAUAGUCGCUCAAGCACCAGGUAGUCGUGGUGUGCUGCCUCUCCCCUCCCGCAUCCCCUUCUGAGCGACUCGUGUAGUAAAAGUGAUGAUAGAAUGGUGAUAAAAAAGGCAACAAUGACAGCAGCCCUUGAUGUCAGCUCGUCAUUUUUCCGGGUUAUGUGCAACAACUUGUAUUUUUAUGUCUUUAGUCUUUAUAUGCAAGUUUAGAGCCUCGUCCCUACUCUCUCUCUCUCUCUCUCUCUCUCUCUCUCUCUCUCUCUCUCUCUCUCUCUCUCUCUCUCUCUCUCUCUCUCUCUCUCUCUCUCUCUCUCUCUCUCUCUCUCUCUCUCUCUCUCUCUCUCUCUCUCUCUCUCUCUCUCUCUCUCUCUCUCUCUCUCUCAAGGGCUGCAUCUAUUGUGGUUCAGAGGCAUAAUUGAGACUGAACAAAUAUUUCUGUCCCCUCUACCUGUGUUUGUUCUGUGGUCCUGUGUCCGUUUGUGUGUGUAUCCGUGUGUAUGUGUGUGUGUGUGUGUGUGUGUGUGUGUGUGUGUGUGUGUGUGUGUGUGUGUGUGUGUGUGUGUGUGUGUGUGUGUGUGUGUGUAACUGGAAGAUCAAAAGGAAGUGAUGCAAAGAAUGAUGGGUGUACAGCAAUUAAUUAAAAGAAGUGAAGGGAAAAGACAGUAUAAUAUAUUACAUGGUUUAAGUAAGUAUUAAUAAUGAGAGGUAAUUAUAAAGAAAAGAAGAGAGAGAAAGAAAGGAAGGAAGGAAGGAGAUGAAGAAAGGUGGUGGUUAUCAGGUUGCAAUAGUGAUAAUAAUGAUGAUGAUAAUAAUAAUAAUAAUAAUAAUAAUAAUAAUAAUAAUAAUAAUAAUAAUAAUAAUAAUCAGUAAUGAUUUAAGAAGUUUCCUGUUUCGUAAUGUGCAGAGGGAUUUUAAUUCUCUCUCUCUCUCUCUCUCUCUCUCUCUCUCUCUCUCUCUCUCUCUCUCUCUCUCUCUCUCUCUCUCACACCCACACACACAUUAGCCCAGAUUGACAGUCUCAUUAAGGCAUAUAAAUAGUGGUAAUAAUAAUAAUAAUAAUAAUAAUAAUAAUAAUAAUAAUGAUAACAGAC